AUGGCGACAAAGGCUAUGAAUCUCCCUACCUUUGGCGGAGCUCACGCAGCGGGCAUCUUUUCCGACAUGACGGUCGACGGGCCGGUAAUAGGCACCCUGGUUGUCAUCAUGGACCGCGCCCGAAACCUGCCCAACAAGCGGACUAUGGGAAAACAAGACCCGUACUGCGCUGCCCGGUUAGGCAAGGAAGCAAAGAAGACAAGGACCGACAAACGUGGAGGCCAGACACCGAAAUGGGACCAGGAAUUGCGCUUCACCGUCCACGACUCGCCCGAUUACAACCGCCUCAAAGUCUCUGUCUUCAACGACGACAAGAAGACGGAGCUAAUUGGCGAGGCCUUUGCGAAUCUCAGUUCCGUCAUCACGCCGGGUGGAGGACAGAGUGACGAAUGGCUUGGCCUCAAUUGCAAGGGCAAGUAUGCCGGCGAGAUCCGUAUGGAGAUUACCUACUACGACACGCGUGAGAAGAACGAGAAGCCGGUACAGCAAAAGAGAAGAGAGUCGGCGAAACCAGAAGGCCAGGCUGCUGUUGGUGGAGCGCGCGAGAUGGCACCCGUCAAGCGACGCCCGCUCCCCAGUGACCCAACAGGCGCCACGCCAUCGCCCGUCCACACGCCAGAACACCGAGGACUUCGGGGUGUCAGGGCUGGUCCACGAGAGCUGGGCUCGCCGCGACACCAACGAACACCGACCGAGCCAUCACCAGCACACCGGACUCAGUCGGAUACACCUUCACGCAGGCCUGUUCCAGAAUCGUCACCCCUGAACCCCGCCUCGACGUCGAGCCAGAACACUCCACAGCGCCCCGCGCCGCAAACCUCGUACAGCACACCUCCGAACCCGCGCUCGUCGGCCCAGAGGAUGCCUCUGCCGAGAGAAGAGAGCUUCGACAUGUCUUAUGCCGCCCCCAAGCCAUACGAAGUGAAGCCGAUUGACCCUCUGCCACAACGUGUUCGGCACUCGGAGCAGAGAAGGAUGUCUCAGGAAGACGGUCAAUCUCCCAGAAGCCAGGCGCUGCAGCACCCCGAGCCAGUACAUUCCCACUCGGCCCCAGUGGUCCCGACGCAGAACACCUAUGAAUCUCCGGCCCAACAGCAAAAACUACAAGAGCAGCAGAAACAGAUUGAGUACCUGCAACAACAGUUACUCCAGCACCAGCAGUAUGAGCCUCCACGAAUUGAGCCGGCCCCGCAGCCGUCCCAGCCGUCUCAAUCAUACGCCCAAGACCAGUACCAAGAUCCGACAUACCAAGUCGCACCCUUGCGAAGCAGUCGUAGCCGCGAGUACCCUCAGGAGCAGGCUUCUCCAGUCGACCAAUACUACGGCCAACGAUUCAUCGAGGCACCUCCCCUACACGACGAAAGCCCUACACAUCGGAGACGCAGUGCAAUGCAGCCCAUGGUCGAAGACGAGGAUGACAUGCCGCCACCGCCGCCCAUGCAUAAGCGCAAUGCCAGCACCUUGCCUCAUCCCAACCAAGAGAGCCCUGACCGCUACCGCAACGACGGUCCUGCGCCACUCAGCUUUGCAUCAAGAGCUCGUGGAGAUUCGCUUCCGUUCAGCUACGAUAUGCCGCCUCAGCAAUACGAACCCGACAACUACGCGCCCCGCCAGCCUUCUGAGCGACGGUACACUCACCCUCGUAUGCCGACACAACCAUCAAGUCGACCGGUCUCCCGUGAUGUUAUGGUACCAUCCCCGCUACGACAGGAAACAAUUCGACAGGAAGCACCGGCGCUGCCAACCAGUCUCAUCGCUGGGCUAAAUCCAGGGAGGCAAGAGAUUGAAGCGCCACCUUACGAAGCACCCCCUUCGUAUGAGACACCCCCGCAACUGCGCCACUACUCUGAACCGGCCGAGUAUCGCGCUAUCACACAGUACGAGGCUCCCAUCCAGUCACAGGAGCUGGUUCAUCAUUCCUCGUACCAGUCCAACGACUACUAUCCCCAUGACCCACCCGAGCAGCCUCGACAGAUGUCACCUCCUGUUUACGAUCCCACCCCGAUCGUCAAGCCUCGUGCUACAAGUCCUGGCGUGAAUCCGCGGUACUCUCCUAACCCGGCUAUGGACCGCUACUCUCCCAACCCAGACAUGGAUCGUUACUCUCCGAACCCGGCUACCGAUCGCUCGUCUAGGAUGCCUGCGCGAAGCAUGCCAACCCGCAAGUCUGUGUCUCCUCGUCCACCACCUGCGAGGGAAGACAUGGGCGAACGGAGGCUUUCUGGGGUAGCAUUCAAUCCCGAUAGCUUUGAUGUCUACAACCCUAGAAUGUCCAAGUCUCCGAUACCUUCGGACGAUGAGCCUGAGCGACCAGGCAGCCGCAUGGAGUACAACGACAAGGGUCAGAUUGUCACAUUUAGUGGACGAGUUGUUGAUGCGUCGGAUCAUUUGCCUGUCGAUAACUGGGCACCCGAGCCAGUACCCAAGGGCACAGUGAAGGAGAAAGCCCCUCGCACAAGAGCGCAGCUCAACGGUAGCAGAGAUCUCGAGGCUGCAAUGCAACGCGAAGAACGAUAUCAGCGAGAGCGUGCUGACAGAGAACGCAUUCGCCAUGCAGCCAGCAUGAACUUUGACAACAGCAACGCCCUAGUCACUACGAGACAUGAUUUCAACAAUGACUACAAUUCGCCUGUCAACGCAGGUGCACUGGUCCUUGCCAGCCAGAGUCAGCAUACUCCGCCUCCCAGUUCUGCAGCACGUAGCAGACCUACCAGGCGAGACCAACAACGACCUAUUUCUGCUUAUGACUCGCCACAGCAGUACAACCUACCGGAUAGACAGGUCCUCCGCGAACGCGACAACCCCAACAGCUAUGGCAGCAGCCCUAGCUACGACCGACGCGGUACUCAGAGGCAUAGUACCGCAGCACCACCCAUCCCUGCCAAGGUACCCAUUGAUAUGAACGGUGGUGGCUACGGCGCACAGAACGAGGACAUGGCACUCAGCUUGGAGCUGCAGAGCAUCGAUAUUGGACCUGGUUCCGGCGGACGUAGACCACGCACCACGGCUAGACGACAGUACGGAUUCUAA